CAUUUCGGCGCAGAAGCGCAUAAAUUCCAGAAUAAAAACCGUUUUAUAUAAGAAAAUCAGUAUUUAUAACGAAAUUUAAAUAAUAAAUAAGUAUAAAAUGAUACGCCGACAAACAUUAUUACUAGCACAACUACAACAUGUGUACACCAAGCGUAAUAUUGCUUACAAAAAUCUGCUAGCGCUUAAAGGACGUGGUUUCUUUCAAGACAUUUUUCCCGAUACCGCAAAUGAACACAUGAAAGCACUCUUCACAAGUGGACCACAAACAAUUUACGCCGGCUUUGAUCCAACAGUCAAUAGCUUGCAUGUAGGCAAUUUGCUGGUGAUAAUGGGCUUGCUGCAUUGCCAACGUGCCGGUCAUAAUCCCAUUGCACUGGUUGGCGGCGCUACCGGCUUGAUUGGCGAUCCAAGUGGACGCAAAACAGAACGCAAUCAAAUGGGUGAAACCGAAAUCGAAACGAAUUUAAAAGGCAUUAGAAGUCAAUUGGAGCGUAUAUUCAAAAAUCAUCAAGACUGUUUGUGGGACGACAAAAAAUACAAACAUAAACUGCCUGAAUUACGUGUUGUGAACAAUGCCGACUGGUAUGCGAAUAUCAAUCUCAUCGAUUUCAUAGCUAACAUGGGUCGCCAUUUCCGUAUGGGCUCCAUGCUAUCACGAUCAUCUGUACAAACGCGCCUGGAAUCCGAGUCUGGCAUGAGUUUUACAGAGUUCACUUAUCAAAUUUUCCAAGCAUACGAUUGGUUGCAUUUAUGUCGUGCCUAUGAUUGUCGUUUCCAAAUGGGCGGCUCUGAUCAGAUGGGUAAUUUGAUGACCGGUCAUGAGUUAAUAAGUCGUGUGGUUAAAAAACCGGUUUUUGGCAUGACAUUACCUUUGGUAACCAACGAAGAAGGUGACAAAUUUGGCAAAUCGGCAGGAAACGCAGUUUGGCUCGAUGAAGAGAAAACCUCUGCAUUUGCGCUGUACCAAUUCUUUGUGCGCAUGCCUGAUUCCGAGGUUGAAAAGCUUUUAAAACUUUUUACAUUCAUACCGCUGCCAGAAGUUGAACUGUUGAUGCGUGAACAUAACAGGGAGCCAGAAAAGCGUAAAGCACAAACUCUCCUAGCCGAAGAUGUGACACUGCUCGUGCAUGGAGAAAAGGGCCUUAAGCAGGCUGAGCGCAUAACAGACGCUUUAUAUAAAGGUAGUGUGGAUGCGUUGGGAGAACUCAAUUACGAGGAGGUGAAACAGACAUUCGCCGGUGCAAAAGUGGUGGACUUACUAGCCGAACCGGGCAUGUCUAUGCUGCAAUUGGCAAUGAAGGCAAAGUGUUUCAACAGUGAAAGUGAUGCGAUGCGCAUUAUAGCCGCUGGCGGCUUUUACAUUAACCAAAAGCGUGUGCAGAAUAUCGCUGAAAUUAUUUCGCAUGGCAUUCAUGUGCUGAAAAAUGGACUUUCACUGCUGCGUGUGGGGAAGAAGAACUUCUACAUUGUGCGCUGGCUUAAAUAACAUUGUUACAUUUUUAAAGUAGACUAAGUUGGAAAAUUAGUCAGUCGUGUUGUUUCAGUAAAAUAGAAGUUUUAUUAAUAAUUCUAA